UCGCCGCCAUUUUGACAUUUGUUUGGCUUUAUGUUUUUUAUCAUUUAAACUGUCUUGUAAAUAUCAUAAUACAGUGAUUUUUACUUAUAAUUACGCGAAUAAAACUAUUCGCUAAUAUUUUAUACGUAUGAAAUGUAUCGCAUAAGUGAAGAUCGUUUUAGUUAAACAGCGCAUAAAUCGAUAACUUCUGAGAAAUAUACAAAAUACUAAAUUAAAGUGAUUAAGUGUAGGAUAAUAGCUGAAAUGUGAUAAAAACUUAGAUGUGAAAAAGGCGCGAACGAAUGCCGCGGACUGUACGGAAAUAAAAUUCAGGCGUGUUGAAACAAAGAAAUUAGUUUUGAAAGUGAUGUUUGCCGGCGCCGAUAUUACACGUAAAUUAAUUUAUUCUUUAUUGUACAUGGAAUAAAUUAAUUUCCUGUUACGAGUUGAGUUCAUGUCAAGUUUCCUUCUAAACUUGCAAUGCGGUUAAGAAGUAGAAAGAGGGAGCGGCCGCUCUCAACGAAGAGGAGUACGCAGAACGUAGCCAAACUAAAGAAGAAACCUUUGAAUAAGUCUUUGUCAAAAUCAAACUCCACUUUGAAAACUAUCCUGAAAAGGGAUUCAGCCAAGAAUGCCUUACAAGCUGACGUGCCUCAGUUCUGUAUCACUAGAUCACAGAAGAAUUUAAAAACUAGGCCCGUUAGAACCGGUAUAGUAAAAAUCAUGGAGAAACCCAUUGCACAAACUAAGCCAAAACUAAAAGACAAUUGCACAAAGAAGCCCAUUUUCCAAACUGUUGUACGUAGCACAAAUAAGGAUGCGGUCACAUCAUCCACAAGCAUCAAAACACCCAAGACCCAGAACGAUAAAGUAACCACAACAUCGAAACCUAAAGAUGUACGUAUGACAAAGAGUGUGCAACUACGUCACAGUUCCUUGAAUCGUGAGUUACGAAAAACGGAGGCUUUGUCAUCAGCGUUAAAUUCACCUCGGAAAACCAGACGUAUGGAUAAAGUUGACAAAUCAGCAUCACUGAAUAGUUCACCAAUACGUAAAGUACGUCAGAUGGGUGUAUCUUCACCAAAAAUCACUAAGGUAACAUCAACCAAUGAAAGCCCUAAGAAGAAGAGCAAAGCGAAAGCUUCAGUUUUACCAGAAACAUCAAAUUGGACUGAUGACAAUGAUGUUACCAUGUACGAAGCACAUACAACCACAUUUGUUGACUUUCCGAAUCCAAAAUCUGAAGAAUCCGAUUCUGAUGGUCAAGUAGAGUCAUCAGAACUAUGUCUUCCAAAUGAUUGUCUAAAUGAUUUUAUGGCAAUCACAGAGUGUGCACAAUUGAUGGGUGAAAAUGUUCAAACUGAAGAUGAAGUGAGCUUCCUUGCAGACAAAGCAGCUAGAGUAAUGACAACAGACAAAGAGGAUGCUAAGAAAUCGCGGAAGAACUCAGUGGAGAAGAGAUUGAUAAAGAGAAGGAAGUCAAGCAAUGAUUUGGAGAUGUAUCAACCAACUUCAACAACUGAUGACUUGGUUACAUGUUCUGAUUUUUUGAGUAAUGGAGAGAAAUAUGUGCAGCCGGAUUUCGUGACCAUGUUAGAACAGGACGGCUACGUUCGUGACUCUGAAUGUGAGAUAUCAUCUACAUGUGACACGCAGGGGACAGCUAUAGAGAGUUUGGAAGCUCUAUCGGCUAGGAGUCCAAGCAGUGGUUUCCUAGCUGAGAUCAGUCAGAGCCUGGCCUCCGAAGCAGCUGGAUGGAAUGGAUCUAGUAUGACAGCAGAUGAGUCUUCUCUGGCGUGUCAUGAUGAGCAGGCACCAUCAGACAUCGAGCAGGAGGCUGGUGAUGUGAUCUCGUCCUGCAGCAGCCGAGUGGACUGCCAGCAGAUUUCGUCCUGGGUUGAUGCGUUCGACCCUUAUUUGUUUAUCAAGCAGCUGCCGCCGCUGGAGUCGGUGGCGGGCGGGGUGCUGCGCGCGCGGCGGCCGGCGUUGCCGCUCAAGACACGCGCCAGCCCCGACUUCAGUCUCGUGUUGGACUUGGACGAGACGUUGGUGCAUUGCUCGCUGCAGGAGCUGCCCGAUGCCAGCUUCCACUUCCCAGUGCUCUUCCAAAACUGUCGCUACACUGUGUUUGUCCGCACGCGGCCUCACUUCGCCGAGUUCCUGUCGCGCGUCUCGCGGCUGUACGAGGUGAUCCUGUUCACGGCCAGCAAGCGCGUCUACGCCGACCGCCUGCUCAACCUGCUGGACCCUACGCGCCGCUGGAUCAAGUACAGACUGUUCCGUGAGCACUGCCUUCUGGUGAACGGUAACUACGUAAAGGAUCUGUCCAUCCUCGGCCGGGACCUCAGGAAAACCGUCAUUGUGGAUAACAGCCCUCAGGCGUUUGGAUACCAGCUAGAAAAUGGUAUACCAAUAGACAGCUGGUUCGUGGAUAGAAGCGAUAACGAGCUACUCAAGCUGCUGCCGUUCCUAGAACACCUCGCCACUAAAGACGACGUGCGACCGUACAUCAGGGACAAAUACAAACUGUUCAGCUAUCUACCGCCUGAUUAAGUGGUAUAGAAUCAUGUUCAUAUAAAAUACAGGCUCGUCAUACAUUCAGACGUAUUUCUGAAACGCACUAAUGAAAUUUUUUUCGAUACGCAUAUAUAUACAGUGGACAAUUCUUAAUUUAAAAAUUGUUCCGAGUAUCAAGAAUGAGUAAGGUCGUAGUAAUCACAGGGUCAAGUAGGGUUUCCAAUCUUCAUUACGAACAAUUUGAUCAUUUGAAUCGAUUCGAAUUUUGAAAUUUCUGAUCGAUCGAUUUUAGAAUUGACGCUGACUGAAUGUUGUUAAAAAUAUAUGUAAACAACAUAUGACAUGAUCGAAUCGAGAUUGGAAACCUUAUAAAAAUACAAUUGUUUAAAGAGAAAAAUGUUUAAACUCACUGAUCAGAUACUCCUUUUAUAAAAGGUAUAUGAUUUCAACAUUUCGACCCUCAACACUGGGCCCAUAACUUAACAACGAAAACUUUCAAAUGACCAAAAUACGUCUGUAUGGAUGACGAAUUAUAUAUACGCUAUGGAGUUAUAAAUAAAUAAUGAUAUAUUUCAAUUCGUUCAUUCAAUAAAAUUAGGUCGGAAUAUUCUAAAAACAGAAAUGUAUAGAGUAAUUUUAAUUUGACAGAAUGGGCUGUCUACAGACGAUAAGUGACGUAUUAAACUAUGUCGAUUCGCUAGCUAAAUUACCCGACUUCGCGGAGCUUGUAUGAUGUAAUGGGUGAUUUUCAGCAAGUGCGACCACAGUCCAACUCUGAAGGACCUUUCAACUUUGAUUCCUCAAAGAAAGAAACACCGCAUUGGUGACUUCAGGCUUGGUAUUUUUCACUAGGCUUGGUUUUUAGACCGCGAAAUUCCAACAUUAGGUCUGGAAUUAGCUAUAUAAAGAUUGUUUUAUUUAUUUUUUUUUACGAAAUGGCAACUCUAUGUCACAUUGUACUAGGUUGUGUAUUGUAAAUGUUAUUCGUGUUUGUGACUGAAGAACUCGUAUCUAAGGUCGUAAAAAAAAAAAAAAAAAUUGUACUAAGUCGAAUUGGCCACAUAGAAGUUUUUUUUUCACGUCACGUUUGUCUGUAGACAGCUGAGCUGUUUAUAAAGAGUAUUAUUUAAAUUGCAUUUGAUUUUAAUCUAAAAAUCAAGUAAAUACCGAGUCCAAAUAGCGGUCUAUAUUAUGUUUAACUGUGAUUAUUUAAUGUGUUGUUUACGAAUUUAUUUCGCGGUUAUAUACAGUUCUUUAUUUAAAACUGAUAUUGUAUUUUUUUUUUUUAACGACACUAAUGAAUGAGUUUGUAAUGACAAAAAAGUUUUCGGUAUUCUAAUUUUAAAAGUUUGUAAUAUGACUAUGUUUUUUUUUAUUCGUAUCGCGCGAUUAGAGAGUGAUAUAAAAUCUAUAUCUUACAUAAUGGACGCGAUGUGAACAUGUCGAUUUACGUUCACCGUAACGACUACAGUCUAUAGAUGGCUCUGACUAUCUGAAUGGAUAGUCAGAGACAUCUGUCGCAUAUGGUUAUAAUGCAUAAAGGCAUCAUAACCAUGUUUCAUUUGAAUGUUCUAUAUUUCUCUCUAAUCACGCUCGUGGAAAUGAGGGCUUAUAAUGUCGCCUGGGAGAGUGUUCCCGGAGAUUAGAGUGGUAGAAAGUGCUCCUGGGAAGAUUUCAAAACUUGGUCAUUGAAAAGGUAUUAAAGUAAGGAUUAACCCUUCUUUGCUGCAUACUGGUGGAAAUUUUCAUCAUAACAUUGGAUGCCUAAAACUUAUAACUUAUAUAAAAGACCAAGUUCACUUUAAGUUGAUCGUGUCUGGAGGGAGACUUUGUACAAAAGUCGAUUGCUUGGGUACCUCUGUCCCAUUCGUGUUUCAACCGUGAAUCAGUUGUGUUUGCAUGGCUGUGUUUCGGUUUGACGGGUGGGAUAUGGCGUGAAUUUACAGGGUACAGAGGAAUAACACCUGUGUCCUCAGGAAUGGCAACGCAUGGGGGGUAUCAUGGGCGAAACAGUAUACUCUGUUAUGUCCACGGUACUGUUCAUGUCUAUAGGCGACGGUUACCACUUUCCAUCAGGUGGGCCGUCAGUUUGUUUGCCAUUCUAAGUUGUAUAAUAUAAAAAAAAUCUUUUAUUGUUGAAAAAAGUAAUAGUAUUAAAAUACAGUAUGGACACUCCCCGCCGCCCGCUGUGGUCUGACCUCACCCCCUCUCAAAUACGCGUCAUAUACCACACCUUACUUUCCCGCGCUAAUUGGAACUAUAAACUUUUUUUAUACAAAAUUAAACUAAAAUAUACAAUAUUAGUUUUAUAAAUUACUAUAUAUAGUUAUUUACGGUUACAGACAUAAAUGUAAGCCUCAGUGUUGCCAGUUUUUGUUUUCGGUUUGUUUUAUUAUAACCUUUUAAAAAAAAACGGUAUUCUUUUUUUUAAGUACGACAUAUAAGAGCAGCUAUAUAAAUAGUAAUAUACUAUGAUUUGAGGUUUAAAUUAAAUUUUAUUUGGCUAUAGAUUGGCUAUUGCAAUGCCUUAGUGUUGCCAGUUCUGUGUUCAGACAAAGCUGAAAUUUGAAACUUUUCUUUUAAAAAGUGCUACUCUUUUCGUCAGUUACUACAUAUUUUUAUGCUGGCUACGUUUAUGUGUGUAACUGUAAAAUUUGUUUUUUUUUUUUUUAAAUAAUUAUGUUUUUUUUUUAAUAUUUUUUUUUUAAUGUAAAAACAUAUUCGACAUUUUAUCAAUGGCAGGUGCUAAUUUAAUUUAAUUAAUAUAAGUUGAAAUUAUGACCAUAACUGUUUCGUCUUACUCAGUGUUUGGUAUUGGUUUAAAGGUUUAAUGUUCUAUUUAUUAAUAUUUUUACGCUAUACCUCCUAUUGGGGGUAGACAGAGGUGACAUGAAAUAUUUAAAUUCUUUCAACGCCCUAAUUCAUAAAAAAACUAAAACGUACAAAUCUAUUUUAAUAUACAAAACAGUGUUUUGUUAAUUGUUACACUGUUUUAAGACUUUCUUUCCAAUUUGAAAUUUAUGUAAAAGAAAGAGACAAAACAGUUCAAUAGAUAAAAUAGGUUUUUAUGAAUAAACGCGGUUAGUGUUUAAUCUAUUCUACUUUUUGAAAUUAUUUCGAGUCUGUGCUGAGUUGUAUGAUACAUUCAUAUUAGCCGCAUGUACGUAGGGCUCGCCAUAAGUAGGUUGCCAGUAGUUGCUACGCUUGGCAAGCGUUAUGGCUACCCUUCGACCAUUAAGUACCCCCAGUCGCCUCUUACGACACCCACGUGAAAUGAAGGUAUAAUACAUUAUUAUUAUCGUUUAAAAUAAGUUCCAUUGUUUCUGCCUACCCUAAUGGUAGACAGGCGUGACAGAUAUGUAUGUAUGUAUGUAUGUAUGUAUGUAUGUAUCGUUUAAAUUGAUAUUUAAUCUUUAAACCAAAACAGAAACACUGAAUUGUGUGUUAACAAAACAAAUAGUUUUUAUUUUUUAUUUUUUUACGACCAGUGCAGCUUAAUUUUUUUAUUUAUGCUAAUUAGGGUAUAAAUAUGUUCAAUAGACUAUAUCGUCAUAGUCGUAGAAUACCGACGGAUCUGACAAAGCUUACAUAUAAAGAUCCGUCAGUAUUCUACGGCUGUGACGAUAUGUUCACAGUCUCAUCCGUCAGCUAAAACUUUCUAUUGCUAUUUUUAUGGCUAAAAAUAGCAUAACGAUCUGUUAUAGUUAGUUAUAACUGUUAUUUUAACGUUAUUUACAAUUUAGUUUUAACGUUUCCGAAAAAAAAAACGGAUAUUUUAAUGAUACGUAGCAAUGUUUUUUGUAUGACCUCAAUUUAUGAUGUUUGAUAGGAAAAUUGAAUUAAAUAAUAUAAUUUUUUUUAAAUAAAUAACGACAUAAGCAGACUUUUUUUUAAAUUUAGUCUCUCUUGGCUAAUAUUAGCUACAAUCAUUUUAUUAGUGUUUUCUUAUUGUUUGCCUUUUUGCGCCUGUACAUUUGGUGAUAUAAAAAAUCCGCUUAAAGUUGAAAGUAUCGGAGAUAUGAGCAUAACUUUAAGGUACAGUUAAACAAAUUAUUAUACUAGAUAUAAACAGGUUAUGCGAUGAAAAAACUGUUUUUAACUGGUUUUAUUUUUUCACAGUCUACAAAAAGCAUUGCGGCAAAGCAAUAAUAUAAGCUUAUUUGUUUUUCAAAAUGAUUAAUAUCGUAAAUAAAUAUAUGAAUAUAUGAUACAUAAAGUAGUUAGACUAAUAAAUGCAUUACGUACAUACUGUAUACAGUGGUCAAGGAAAAUUAAUGACUAUACAUAUAUGAUUAGAGUUCUUUUUUGGGCAUUGUUUUACGCGUACCCGCUUAUUCAUAAAAACUAAAAUCUUGUAUGAAUCUAUUUUAAAUAUUACAAUAUUUUGUCUCUUUCUUUCAAACUAAGAAUUUAGCGUGAAAGAAAGUGACAAAAUAGUUGAAUAGCUAAAUAAACCUGUUUUUAGAGGUGUGACGUUUUUAUGAAUAAAAAGGCUAGUAAAUAUGCGUAAUUUAUUGUAUGUAUAUAUGGUAUAUAUAUAUAUAUAUAUAUAUAUAUAUAUA